GUUUGACUAACACGCGAGUUACUAACACCUCGAUUCUGUGAUUCAUCUGUGGAUCAUCGAGUGGGGAUACAAUCAUCUAUAUAGAAAUGCCAGAAUUAGUACAGCACCAUCACAAGCCAACAUCUACACCAAUUUCAAUCCCUCCAAAAUGCCGUCUCAGAUACCAACUUCAAUUCCUCGCUAUAGUUUCAUGGACGAUUAUAGCGAGGGUGCACAUCCUGCUCUUCUCAAGGCGUUAAUCACCAGCAACACCACUCAAGAAACUGGCUACGGAGGCGAUACGUACUGCGAUCUUGCACGACAGCGAAUCCGUCGACAUCUCGGCCGCAACGAUGUCGGCAUAUUUUUCGUACCGAGUGGAACAUCCGCCAAUGCCAUUUCCAUCGCUGCAUGUCUUCGACCUCACGAAGCUGUCAUCGCUGCUAGCUCGGGUCAUAUCGUGACAAGAGAAACAGGCGCAGUAGAAGCAAGCGGUCAUAAAAUCAUCAAUGCCACACCACAGAAUGGAAAGCUUACGCCUGCGACGAUCGAGCGUGCACUAGAUGAUAAUUGGCAUUUUCCUCACAUGGCGAAACCUCGACUGGUGUAUAUAUCCAACGCAACGGAGAUCGGCACUAUAUACUCGAGAGCGGAACUCGCCGCUAUAAAACAAGUCUGCGAAAAGAACGGUCUCAUUCUCUUCCUCGACGGCGCUCGAAUUGGCACAGCCCUCGCAUCGAAAUCAAACGACAUGACAUUAGCAGACAUUCUCGAACUCACAGAUAUAUUCUGGAUAGGCGGUACUAAAAAUGGCGCCCUCCUCGGUGAAGCAGUAGUCGUAAAAGACGCCCGCCUCUCCUCCGAAUUCGAAUUCUACAUCAAACAGCACGGCUCACUCCUCGCAAAAGGCCGUGUGAUCGGCGCACAAUUCGCCGAGCUCUUCGAAGACGAUCUCUACUUUGAACUAGCGCGCAAGGCGAAUUUAGCUGCUGAGUCGUUAUCGAGCGGUAUUGCGCAGGGGGGAUUUUCUGUUUAUGCUGCGACGGAGACGAAUCAGGUUUUUGCGGUGUUGCCGUUGGGCUUGAUCAAGGUAUUGAAGGAGAGUUUUAGUUUUUAUGUUUGGGAGAAGUGUGGUGAUGAUGAGGCUGUUAUUAGAUUGUUGACGACGUGGGCGACUGAGGGGGGGCAGGUUGAGAGGUUUGUGGAGAUGGUUCAUGCUUGGACGGGGUAGAAGGCGUUGGAGAUUGAAAAGUUAUCAAUUGGCCCAAACUUUGGGAAUAAUACAUGUAUUUAUUGAGAAUUUCGAUCAUCUGCUGAUAGAUAACCAAUUAAUCCAAUCAUUGCAUUGUGUUUACGUUCCUGGGCAGAG